AUGUCUACUACUGAGUUAAAUGUGAUUCAUCGGUUAAUCCGGAGGGUUGGUUCAGCAUUUUAUGAAGCAAAAGAUCGUAUUUUAUUAGAUGCCCUUUUGAAACAUUCAGCACUUAGAGAUGAUCAUUUGUCGAUAAUUAUGGAUAUGCAGUUAAAAGAAGUUCGGCGGAUUUGUUGCAAGUUGAAAGAGGAUCGUAUGAUUGAUGAAGAUUAUUCUCGAACGGAUGUUGAGGGAUAUUCUCGGCCAAUUAGCCGUACUUACUAUUUUAUCAAUUAUCGUGCAACGGUUGAUGCAAUUAAGUGGAAAAUGCAUAAAUUAGUUAAAACUGUUGAUGAUCGUAUGCGUAAAGAUUUUGACACUAAAGGGUAUAUUUGUCCGACGUGUUUGCGACAGUAUACGAGUUUAGAUGCUGUUUCAUUAGUGAGUCCAGAUUGGAUGAGUUUUUUGUGCAUUGAUUGUGGUACGGCGUUGAAGGAUAAUGAGGAAAAUCUUGAGGUUGUAGAUACUCAAGAGCAACUGUCACGUUUAAUGAGUCAAAUGAGUAAGAUUAUUUCAAAUUUGAAGGAAAUUGAUGAGAUUGUUGUUCCAGAUAAUACAUUUACAAUAGCAAUUGCUAAUGCUAUUCCUCCCGAUAUUGAUUCCAUUUCCUCUUCUGAGUAUAUGGAGCCAGUUUCUCUCAAUACUACUCUACCAAAUACACCUCAUACUAUUACUAUUUCAGAGCCUUCGAUUUCGAUUGAUUAUGGUUCUGAGUUGAAAUUUAGAACAAAAGGUACUACUGAAAAGAAGAAGCCGAAUUCUUCUCAUAGUGAUAUUCCUAUAUGGCAUUCCCAAUCAACAGUUAUAAAUGAUUUUAACUGUACAAAUAUAUUUAAGAAUAUAAGUUCUGAAGGCUUUUUGGAAUUUGGAAGUGCGGAUGAUUCGAGAACUGUUGAAUCAAUUAAAGAGAAACCAGAAGCUAUUGAGAAUGCUGUUGCUAAAUAUUAUGAAAAAUUGCGUGCACAAAAAGAUAUAGAAAUAAAAAGUGAAAUUGAAGAUUUGGAUGAGGAUGCUUUUGAAAAUGAUUUUGAAGAUGUUAAUGUUUUAGAAAUAAGUGAUUUUUCAAAUGAUUAUUUAGAACAAAAAUUCCAAAAGAAUACAAAUGGGAUAAAUAAUGAUUAA